CGCACAGCUCAUGUCUUAACGAAAAGGGAACCGCUCUCACUGAAUUCAUGCUUCUCUGAGAGUCCGUGUGAAUUCGUGACAGCUAGAUUAAUUUCACCACCUGCACUGUCAUUUAUCAAAAUGGCACAUUUCUACUCUCUGGCUGUCCUGGCCUUCACUGGAGGCUGGUGCCUGUGUGCAGCUGAUGUCGGGGAUUUCGCUCCAUGCCUGCAGGUCUUCUAUAAGUCUUGGCCCCCUAAAGGACUGACAGGGACCCCGAUCUGCCAACGGUAUUACAACCAGUACCGAUUUGCCACAUUGUACAGUCGACCACGCCGCUCCCCGUGGUUCUCAGCCUAUUUGUACACAGUUCCAGCAGGAAAGAGACCCACUUCAUCUUGGAAGUUUGAGCCACAGUUAGCCUACCCAGGAGCUGAUGGCAACAUGAUCCCCUUCCCUCCGGGCCCUCUGGACCAGAACGUGGUGGACAGCCAGGCGGUGGAGCUGGACUACAUUAAUUCCACUUAUUCUCGUGGCCACCUGAACCCCAGCCUUCACCACCAGAGCCAUGAGGACCGCGCCGCCACCUUCACCCUCACUAAUGUGGUCCCUCAGAAGGCCGGCUCCAAUGACGGGCCCUGGGAAUUCCUGGAGCAGACUGUCAACAAAACCUUAGCGGCCUACUGUCUGGGAGAGGCUCACACCGUGACCGGGAUCAUCCCUUACCAGAGCGACGAUCACUGGCUCAAGAAUCAUCGCGUGGCUGUGCCUGAGUACAUGUGGUCCGCCUACUGCUGCCCAAACUACAACCACAGUCUUCCAGAAAAUCUGAGGGCUGCAUUUCCCACAUACGCUGCCAUUGGUCGCAAUGACCGCAACAGCACUGAGGAUAUUGUGCCUGUUGAUAAGACAGCUAAGAAACAGUUCCGGGGAUAUGACGUCAGACAAAUGCCACUGGAAACACUUGAGAUGUAUCUGAAGGACAGGUUCAAUACGGUUGUCAGUGUUUUUUAUGAGCAGUGCUCUGGAUCAGACUGAUCCUGCACAGAUGGAGACACAAGUACACACAGAUUACAUUAUUGUAUACUUUAUUUGUAUCUUUGAAAACUCAUACAAAUGAGUCAUAUGAUCUCCCACCACUAAGGUUUGGUUAGGGUUAGAUGCAAAAACUACUUGGUAAAGAUUGUGUUAAAAUAGUUAAAAGAAAACAACACUGACUUCAAAGGACUGUAGUUGUUUCUCUAAAAGAAAUUUAGGAAAAAUGCAGAAAGUAAAAGAAUCAUCUAAUGUCUUCAUCUUUUAUUUAAUUGACCUUUAAUGAACUGACAAAACUGCUGCAAGAUUUUUUACUGGUGUGCUGCCUUUUUUCUGUAUUUGUGCAUGUGAACAGUGGACAGCUCUUUGCUCUUUCCAGCUUUACUCCUGACAGAAAACAGGCGUACUUGUCCUGUCACAUAAAUAAGCUUAUUUAUUUUCUUGCAAAGAGUUAAAUGAGAAGAUUGAUGCUCUUUUUCAUAUCUGUCUGUUAAAUAUAAAGGUGGAGCAGAAGGUUAGCUUAGCUUAGCAUAAAGACUGGAAACUAGCAGCUAGCCUGGCUCUGUCCAAAUGUCAAAAGAAAACAAUCUACCUACAAACAUCUGAAAAGCUCACUGAUUAAUAUGUCUUAUCUUGUUUGUUUAAAAAACGUACUUACUAAAUAACUGAAUUGAUGAUGCUAGUGUAGACACUGGUUUAAGUAUAUAAACAGAAUACACAGGAUACUGUAUACAUGUUGUACUUUUGACCACUAGGUGGUGAUAUUUACAUGCCAACUUCUGUUGCAGCUGGAGGGAAGUUUCAUCUUUUGGAAUAUGUAAGUAAUAUAAAGGAACACCAGACCUCAUUUUCUUGGAAAUCAAUUUGUCUUUUAUCUUAUUAUUUACUAAAUAAUGUCAAUGAUUGAUGUCAUUUUGUUUUAUAAUCUAUUUGUAUCAUGUUAAUUUCUGUAAGGCGCUGCUGGUGGAGGCUUUCUGAACAUGUAUCUUAUAAGUAGAAAUUAUAUUUGUGCUUUAAAUCAAGAACAAAAUAUAAGCUGAUAAAUUGCAAA